AUGGCAGCCGCACCCGGGGGCCGCGUUGGGCUCCGCCGGCCCCGCUCCGCCACCGCCGGAUUACAGGCCCCAGGCCGCGGCCCGGCCACCCCGGCUCGGCUCGGCACGGCCGGCGCCGGGGUCGCUCGCCCUGCUGAGCGCUGCCGCAGGGCCGCGGCUCACCUGCGGGUGCCGCGGGCGGCUCGGCGCCUGCCCCCGGAGCGGGCGGAUGGGGAGACGCGCCGACCCGGCCCGGCCAGGCCCCGCCGCCGCUCCGCCGCCUCCCUCCUCCUCCCUCCCCCGCAUGCGCGCGCCCGACGCCGCCGCCGCCAUCCCGCGGGGGCGCGCGCCCGCCCCGCGCGCCCCCGCUCCCGGGGUUCGGCGGCCGCGGCCAAUCAGCGCGCGCGCGCCCGCGCGGGCCUGGCCCCCCCCCUUCCACCCCCCCCCCCCGCACGAGCACCCCCCCCUCGACUGCCCCCCCCAAACACCUCGGGAGGGGGAGGUGGGGAGGGGGCGCUCAGUGCUGCCCCCCCCCGGCGCGCCCCGGCCCGGCCCGGCCUGCCCCGCUCCCCGCAUCCCCCCACCCGCACCGCGGCCUCGGGGCCGCCGCCCGCACCUCCAUCGCAGGCGGCGGCAGGGGGCACCGGGCGGCAUGGGACGGGGCGGCCCCGCAGUGUCUCCCCCGCCGAUCCCCCCCCCCCCCACCCCCACGCCGGGCAGGCCGCGGGCCUGCGAACGGCGGCGGAGCGGGCGCCAACAAAAUGGAGUCGGCCAGGCCCUGCGCCCCGGCGGGGCACCCGGGCGGCGCCGGCCCCCGUGCACCGCUCGGCACCGCUCCCGGCCCCGGUGCCCGCGGGCGGUCAGCGGAGCGGGUGGCGCGGGUCGCCGCCCGCCCCCGCUGGGCUCGGGUUACCCCCUGCCAUUGUCCGCCGCGCCCCGCGGGCCGGCCCGGCGCCCCCGCCGCGCUCCCCCCGCCGCCCUCCCGCGCACCGGCGGGCCGGGCCGUCGCCCUCCGCGGGGCUGCCGUGCAGAGCCGUGCGAGCCUUGCCGAGCCUCGCCGAGCCUCGCCCGCCGGGGAGCGGCGCCGGGUGCCCGCGGCCUGGCUGUCCUCGCCGGGCUCCGCCGCUCCCGGACAGCCGCGCUCCCACCCGCCCUCCCGCCGCCGAGCGGCGCGCACCGGCCCCGCGCCCGCCCGUUCCGCCGGGACGGGCUGCCACCGCCGCCCCCCGCAAGCGACCCGCGGCGGGCGGCGGCUCCGUCGCUACCUCCGAUGCGGGCCGGGGUCUCCGCCGCCAGCCGCACGGGUCCGGGCGCCGCGCCGCGCCGCCGCCGCACCGGCACGGCUGGGCAGGGCACGGCACAUCCCGCCGGGACACUGGUGUGCAGGGGCUGUACUGUUGGGGCAGCGAUGCCCGGGCAGCUCUGCGCACCCCGAGGCAUGUCCCCAUCCCGCCGUCCCAGUGGGGCCCCGCGGUGAUCCACCUGCAGCCGUGCGGGUACUGGCGCAGGGAGGAGCAGGGCAGCCGUGGCGGGACGCCCUCAGACGCACUUGCCAUCUGCCGUGUCACCUCUGCCCGUGCCACGGCCAGCGCCUGCAGGAAGGGCCCUGCUCCGGCCCUUCUCUUCCGGCAGAGGAACAGGGAAAUGGCAUCCCGGCCGCUGCCUCCCGCUCCCGCCCGGAUGUGCGGCGCGGCGGGCAGCGUGGCCGGCGCUGCCGCCUCCGGGCUUUGUCUGCGGGCUGCAGCGAGGGGCGCGGGCGGCUGCGGCCGCCCCACCGCGGGGUUCGCCCUCAGCCCCCCGCCCCGCCAUCGUGCUCACCCCCAGCCCAGCCCCGCUCCCGGUGCACGCCGGGGCUCUGCGGCCGGUCAGGCCGGGAGCCACGGAACCGCCCGGCACUGCGGGCUCCCUCUGCAGGCCCCGGUGCCCGCGCACAGAUCGCACGGUGCCCCCACGGGAACGGCCCGGUGCCCCCCGCGCCCGGCGGGAAUGCGCAUCUCCGGCUCCCGCCAUGGCCGCGCUCCACCGCCGCGGGGAUGCCGGAGGGACCGCGGCCCCGCACCGGGGGCUCCCGCGCGCUCCCCCCGGGAGAGAUGA